UGAUCAUUAACCUUAAAUAACUGCAAUAAGAAUAAGAGCAUAAAAUUAUCCUGAGUUUUUGAAAAUGAAUCAGAAGAGAUUAAAUUGCAACACUAAUAAGUAGUAAAUCGUUAGCUCAGUUCAAGUAGUCUAUUUGUGAUAAAUUUUUCAUAUGCAGUAUUCAUUUUAAAAGACAAUAAAAAUCCACACAAGUGUAAGAAUUGUUGUGUUGUAUGCGCUUGAGAUACCUACCUAAGAUGUUUUUGAAUUUGAGUACCUUGCAAAAACUUAAUAUGAGCACCCAUAUAGAAGGAAAAUCUACAUUAGGUCGCCAUUUAAAAUUACACCUAGAAAAAUCGUUUAAAUGUGAUGUGUGUGCCAAGUCUUUUUCUACACCAAGCUCACUUCAAGUCCAUUCUAAGCUUCAUACAGGGGAAAAACAAUUCCAAUGUAACAUUUGCCAAAAAGCAUUCUCGACUAGUGGAAGUUUAAGAAGACACUCCAUUACGCACACUGGAAAAAAACCGUAUCAUUGUGCCAUAUGUGAGAAGCCUUUAGGGACAUGGAACAUGCUUAUGAUUCAUAUGCGAACUCAUGAAAGCGAUAAACUUUAUAAUUGCAAUGUUUGCUCUGAAAAGUUCUUAAGAAAAUGCUAUUUGAAGAACCACAUGGCUAGCCAUUCAAUUGGAAAGCCUUAUCUGUGUACAAUUUGCUACAAAAACUUCAAAACAGAGUUCACCCUUAAAAACCAUAGAAAAAAUCAUAAUUCUGUUGAUGAAAUAAAAUUGGAAAGUAAUUGUGAUGAAACCGAAUGUGAAUCCAAAGUUUUUGAAUAUUCAACUACUAGCAAUAGUAAAAAUUUUUUUGAAUUGUUAGAGAUAAAAGAAGAGACUGAUGUUCAUGAAGAACUUCAGAAGUCUAAUGGCGGUAUAAAGUUGGAAAUUAACUCUGAUGAAAACAGUUUCAAAUCUAGAGAUUUUGUGGUUUCUAAAACUACUGGAAAUAAGAAUUCUUUUGAUUUGUUAAAGAGUAUAAAAGAAGAGAUUAAAGUUCAUGAUGAACUUUAUGAAAACGAAUUUGAAACCAAAGGUUUUGAAGAUUUGACUAGUACUGCAAAUAGAAGUUCUUUUGAAUUGUUAAGCAGUAUAAAAAAGGAGAUUAAAGUCCCCGAGAAGCUUCAUUAGUCCAACAAUGGCGUAAUGAAUGCAAAUCUGAUCAUGAUGAAUCAAACCAAAGUUUUUGAGGGUCUGAUUGCCACUGAAAAUAAAAACUUGUGUAUUUGUUAAACAGUUCAAAUGAAAAUAUCAAAGUGCACCAAACCCUUCAUAAUUCUAAUGAUAAAAUAAUGACUGACCAAGACCUGAUAUAUUUGAAUUUAACGGUUUCUGUUGAUUCAGUUACCACUGAGAAAAAAAUAAUAAAAAGUCCCGAAAAAUAAAUUUUAAGGGGUAGCGGAUUAUGUAAACUCUUAUAAGUUCCAUUUUGUGU